AUGAUUUUCGAGGGAAACAAGAUCAACGGUGUGACCUUCUCGGUAAAAAAAAAGACAAAGGUGUCGGUGACUUAUAGCAAGAGAUUCCGGGAAGUCGCCGAAGAUGAUAUCACAUUCACAGAAGAGGAUGUCGAUGGACUUCUACUGCCACACAACGAUGCCCUGAUAAUCUCUUAUAACGUUCUGGAUUUUAAAAUUAAACGUGUUUUGGUGGACCCGGGGAGUUCAGCCAACAUCACUCAAUGGAGAAUGCUGGAGCAAGCCAAGCCAACUAGAAGCAUCAUUCCAGCCACAAAUCUCCUCGUCGGGUUCAACUUAGCAAGAGUGACAACCCGAGGGGAGAUCUUGCUGCCCGCAAAUGCCGAAGGGGUCAUGAAGACUACCUUGUUUGAAGUAGUAGAUGGCGACAUGGGCUACAACAUAAUUCUUGGCAGACCAUGGCUACACGAGAUGCAUCAACAUAUCACCAACUUCUAA